AUGCCUGAGAAAUUCACCAAUGUGACCACCAUAACAGAAUUCUUGCUUAUGGGAUUCCCUGAUGACAAGGUUCUACAGAGACUAUGUGUCAUGCUCUUCUUCCUGAUUUAUCUGGCUGCACUGAUAGGGAAUCUCCUUAUUAUUACUCUCACCACCAUAGACCAGCACCUCCAAUCCCCCAUGUAUUUCUUCCUGAAGAAUUUGUCCUUCAUUGAUAUCUGCUAUAUCUCUGUCACUGUCCCUAAAUCCAUCAUGAACUCUCUGACCAAUAUCCACUCCAUCUCCUUUCUGGGAUGUGCCUCACAAGUUUUCUUUGUUAUAUUUUUGGCUGGCACAGAGUUUUUCCUCCUUCUAGUCAUGUCCUAUGACCGCUAUGCUGCCAUCUGCCAACCUCUGCAUUAUGGGACCAUCAUGAAUAGAUAUGCCUGUGUGCAGAUGGUGAUUAUAUCAUGGUUCAGUGGCUGUGUAUAUGGAUCCCUUCAUGUUGCAGGCACAUUCACUGCCCAUUUCUGUGGAACCAACAUAGUGCAUCAGUUCUUUUGUGAUAUUCCAUCAUUACUUAUGGUUUCUUGUUCCAGGAAUAACAUUCUAGAAUAUAUAUAUAUAUAUAUAUAUAUAUAUAUAUAUAUCAUUGUUAGCUGUUGUUUUGCAUUUUUAUGUUUUAUUUCAAUGGUUGUUUCCUAUGUUUACAUUUUCACCACUGUCCUUAGAAUUCCUUAUGCAAAAGGCAGGUUCAAAAUUUUCUCCACCUGCCUGCCCCAUCUUACUGUGGUGACUUUGUUUCUCUCCUCUGGAUUUAUCACAUAUUUAUGUUCAGCAUCAAAGUCCCCAUCUUCCCUGAACCUCUUUAUGUCAGUGUCAUACUCUCUCUUACCUCCCAGUCUGAAUCCUGUCAUUUACAGUCUGAGAAACAGGGACAUGAAAGUAGCCCUAAACAACAUUUUUGGUGGGAAAAUGAUCCCUAACUUGUAA